GCAAUGGGAGCUCUGGAGGGAGCCUGGGCCUUGGCUCACGGAUCACUGACUGAACUCAGUGAACAGAACAUCAUCGAUUGCUCUGUUCCGUACGGUAACCAUGGGUGUCAGGGUGGAAACAUGUACAACUCUUUCCUCUACGUUGUGUCCAAUGACGGAGUCGACACAGCAGAUUCAUACCCCUUCAAGGGAAAGCAACAGUCGUGCAGCUUUUCCUCCAAUGGACUG